AUGGAUGGGACCAACCAGACAACCGUGGCCGAGUUCAUCUUUCUCGGGUUCCCGGGGACAUUCACCCUGCGACUAGCGCUGUUUGUGAUGUUCCUCACCAUCUACCUGCUCUCGCUGGCGGGAAACACGCUCAUCAUCAUCCUGGUUCUCCUGGACGCCACUCUCCAGACUCCCAUGUACACCUUCCUAGGGAACCUGUCCUUCCUGGAGAUCUGGUACACCACAGCCACGGUGCCUAAGCUGCUAGCCACCUGUAUCUUACAGGUGGCCACCAUCUCAGUCUCGGGGUGCAUCACCCAGUACUACUUCUUCUUCUCCAUGGGCGCCACGGAGUGCAUCCUGCUGGCCGUCAUGGCCUAUGACCGGUACCUGGCCAUCUGCCGCCCGCUGCACUACCCACUCCUCAUGAGCCUGCCUGUGUGCCUGCGCCUGGCCGCGGGGUCUUGGGUCGGGGGCUUCAUCGCCCCACUCCUACCGACCCUGCUCAUCUCUCGGCUGCACUUUUGUGGCCCCCAGAAGAUCGACCAUUUCUUCUGUGACUCAGACCCUGUUUUCAAGCUCUCCUGCUCAGACACGUUCCUGGUGGAGGCCCUGGGGUACACGUGCAGCUCCGUGGUGAUCCUGAGCUCCUUCCUGCUCACCAUGUCCUCCUACGGCCACAUCGUGCGCACCAUCCUCAGGCUGGCCUCCCGCGAGGCUCGCCGGAAAACCUUCUCUACCUGCGGCUCCCACCUCACCGUAGUCACCAUCUACUAUGGCACCAUCAUCUUUGCCUACGUCCGCCCGCCGGCCAAGUACAACUUCACCAUCAGCAAGGUCAUCUCUGUGUUCUACUGCGUGGUCACGCCACUGGUCAACCCACUGAUCUAUACCCUGAGAAACAGAGAUGUGAAGAAAGCUGUCAAGAAGGUGCUGGCACGCAAGGCAUGGCUUUCGGCUGGAAACAUGCGAGAGAUUUGA